AUUAAAGCCUCACAUUUAAAAAUACUUUUAGAUUAUCCGGUCUCUCGCCCUUCAUGGGCGAUACGGACUCGGAAACGUUCGCAAACAUCACAAGAUCGGACUACGACUUCGAAGACGAAGCGUUCAACACGGUGUCACAAGACGCCAGAGAUUUUAUUGGAGCACUUCUGCUCAAAAGGAAAGAAGAUAGACUGUCAGCAGACCAAUGUCUCAGGCACGUUUGGCUGGAUCCGGAUAAUCACCAAGAGACAGUUGUUCUAUCCACGGACAAACUGAAGAAGUUCAUCAUACGUCGGAAGUGGCAGAAAACCGGCAAUGCUAUACGCGCUUUAGGCAGAAUGACCAAUUUGUCUAAUAGCCGACGGAACAGUGCAAACUCCAAUCCGAAUACCCCACGAACGUCCAUCUCCGGCAGCCUGGUACCGAGAAUGGGCAGCUUGGAAGAAGAAAAGAUGAAUGGGAAAGUGGAAAAUCUGUUCACCACCAGCAUUGUUACGGAAUCUUUCGAUGAAAACGACGAAACUGCAGAGGAAUCGCCGGAGGCAUCCAAACCACCCGAUAAUGGCGAUUUUGAAAGCUACAACAGCCAUGAAAACAGUACCUUAAACUCCCCGACAACUACUGAGGAACUAGACGUGCCACUCGUUGCUUCUUCAGAUAUCACGGAUAACGUUCCCGAAGAAGUGGUUGACAUUGUCGACCCACACGAACUAUCAGAAGAUGUGCUUACCCAACUACCCAAAGACCUUACUGGUGAGCAGAACUUCAAAGCCAAAAAGGAGGUACGAACUAGAGCCUGCAGCGAACGGAGCGACAGUGGCAUAAGCGACUGUUCCACUUACACCCACUUGACUUCGAGCAGCUGCAAUUCGACUCCUUUGUUGGGCAAAAAGUUCCCCAUCAAUGAGGAGGGCGAGUACAAGUUCAAAGCGCACAGCGAUGAAACCAGCUAUGUGUCUUCGACGAGCAUCAAUCUAACAAGCAAUAUGUUGCACAAAGAGAAUCUGAGGGGUAGCUCGGAAGAAAGCGACGUGAGCAAAAGCAGUUCCCAGGAUUCUGAGUUGAGACCGGCGAGGACCAGGAGGUUUGCAGGCCGAUUAGGCAGUAAAAUUGAGUGUUUUCAAGCUAACGCUGUUAACAAGAGUAAACCGCCGCCCUCUCAGGCAGAGAGCUUAAAGCGCCUACCCAACUACUCACUACGCAGCGUCCAAGACACCAUCAAGAAAUUCGACCACACCAAUCCUGCACCCAUCAAAGCUCCACUAAACCCCGAAAACACGCGAUCUUCCAACAUUUUAUCAGCAAGCAUUCGCAAAAACUCGUUCUGUGAUCCAACAAAACUAAACCCUUCAUCGCCCAUCUUAACCAGGAAGACCAUCACUCAUGAAACCAGCAAUCGAUUGGUUGUUUGUAAAGGCGAGACUGAUCCCCCAAAAAUAACUGUGCACAGGUCACACAGUGCAGCGAGCGAAGUGGGCAGAUAUCGAGCGACAAAAAUCGACAAGCUGGUGCAAAAACUGGAGAAGAAUGGCCAUAGGAAAGUGUCCGAAGAUGGUGAAGGGGUGCUGAAUACAGCGAAUCCCACUGUGAGGUUUAGGAGUCCGUCCCCAAGCCUGUUGAGGAAAACGCAAGCAGUGAUUAAUAAGGAGAAAUGCAACGAAAGGUAUAGAGCGCAGAACAAUUUGGAUUCGCCAAGGAACAGAACACCUCGAUCGCCUACAUUGAAACUCCGAGGCAACAACGAGUGUUUUCAAAAAGUGUCUGCCUUCUGGAACAAUCCAAACACCUAAAUUCACUCCAGUGGUCUUAAUUGGACGUUAAUUACCUACUUCACCUAAAUAUGGAACGUAUUAUAUUAUUGCCGAUUUUUGUUAUUUCUCUUGUUGUUGUUCGACUUUGUGAACAUGUAUUAUUCAAGACCGUUAUUUUUGUGUUAUCCUUAUUGUUAAUAUUUUGUUAUUUUCAACUGUGCAAAGGUGUAUCCUCCUAAGAUGUAUUUUUGCGACUACUUAUAUAGAAAUCUAUGUUAAUAGAGCAUUAUUUUAUUAA